AUGGAUAAACUGUUGCAAAAAACUGAACAAGAGGAAAUAGAGUCCAAAAGAAAAGUCUAUAGAGAAGCUAAAGAACAAACGAGGAAGAAUGCCAGAAGACUUAGAUUCGAUGAAAGUAAUCCUCAACCUAAAAAAGAUCUGGUAGAUUCACCCAGAAAAAGAUUCUAUAGACAAAGAGCUCAUCUGAAUCCAUUUAGUGAUCAUAGAUUAGAUUACCCGAAAUCUCCUGAAUCAAUGGAUUGGUCUAAAUAUUAUCCACAAUAUCAUGAUAAAGAAUCUAAUAAUAUGUUACAAGAUGUUGAAAUCGCUGAUAUUGGAUGCGGUUAUGGAGGGUUAUUAAUUAACUUAUCUAAAGAAUUCCCAAAAACUUUAUGUUUAGGUAUGGAAAUCAGAGUUCAAGUCACUCAAUAUGUUGAAGAUAGAAUCAUUGCAUUAAGGGAACAAAACAAAUCUAAAGAUAUUAAUUAUCAAAACAUUGCAGUAAUUAGAGGUAAUGCAAUGAAAUUCUUACCUAAUUUUUUCAAGAAAAGUCAAUUAUCUAAGAUGUUUUUCUGUUUCCCAGAUCCCCAUUUCAAACAACGUAAACAUAAAGCUAGAAUUAUAACCAAUACAUUGUUAUCCGAAUAUGCUUAUGCUUUAAAAGUUGGAGGAAUUAUUUAUACAAUUACUGAUGUGGAAGAUUUACAUAAUUGGAUGGUUGAACAUUUAACAGAACAUCCGUUAUUUGAAAGAUUAGACAAACAAUGGGAAGAUCAAGAUAAGUGUGUUGAGAUUAUGUAUAAUUCCACUGAAGAAGGACAAAAAGUUGAAAGAAAUAAAGGAGAUAAGUUCAUUGCUUGUUUUAGAAGAUUACCUGAUCCAGAAAUAUAG